AUGGCUGCCGAAGGUUUCAUACCACGUGGUCUCCUCUUGGAUCGUGGCCAAGGAGGCGUUGAAGACCCACUCACAUCUUUUCACAGGCCACCGUACACCUUCAGUCUCACUGCCUGCUUGUCUAUUGAGAGUGCGCUUUGUUUGGCCUAUGCAUCUGUCUUUUCAGAAUUCCUGCGGCAGCCAAAGCCAUGUGGAUUUGAUUUGACGGGGCCCGAAAAAGGCUUGAGCCGGGUGGACGAUAUGAUUCUUGAGGCAACUCCUGCAGCCGACGAGCUCGUGCUUGGACAUUCCGAUCCUUUGCAACUUCCGCCCAUCCUGAUAAACACGAGGCGAUUGAGCUUCGGCUCUGGCAUGUCUGCCGGAAAAUGCAGUCAUACCGCACACCAGAAAUCAUUGGCAUCGCUUGCCGGAAAGAUCAAGGUCGAGCUGUCUACUUUGGUCAUUCUUAUCAUCGACGGCAGCUGCGCUGCGAUGUUAGAAGGAAGGGAUGCUUGCGGCAAUGAUAGCGCCCUAGGUGGCAUGCAAAGCUCCGGAGGAGUUUAUUGGGGAUUCCUACCUGACUGUUGUACCGGCGGAGAUAUUAUGUUGAUGUCCACCAUCAAUGGACUCACAGGCAAACAAGCUAGCGCGUCAGAUCUCGUCGUCAUCAGACAGUUCAAUCUUGUGCUCACUGAGAACAGCUACGGAUACAAUUCCCAGAUCAGGGGGCUUCCUUACAUCGGCGAGCAGUUCGAUAGCAUCAAGGGAGACAUCGUGCAGUCCGGCACUGUAUUCAUACCAGCUAUCAUGCCAACCAAAGUCAAGUUCUUGGACAUCACUUCAAUCGUUGCGGAUCAAAUUGCAGCUACGGACGAAUUCGUCACCGCCUGGCAGAAAGUCCACGCUGCUGUAGCCAACAACUCCCAAACCCUCAUGUUCUGGUGCCCAAAUUAUAACACUGUUGAGAACAUGCAACCCUGCUGGCCUGGAGCUGAGUAUGUCGACAUCGUCGGCAUGGACGACUACCCUCCAGCCGAGACAGCCUUCGCCAGCGUGUAUGGCGCUUUCUGUGAUGGGUUCGCUGCUCGCUACGACAAGCACUUUUGCAUCGGAGAGACUGGCUCUUUCAACGGUGGCACCGUUGAGGCGAAAGAAGCUUGGGUUUCCCAGAUCAGUAAUGUGGAUCUGAAUAGAUUUCCUUGCUACAAGUCCAUUACGUGGUUUGAAUAUCUCAAGGCCAGUGACGAUGGCAGCUCGGAGUACGACUAUCGUAUCAUUCAAGGGCAGCUGCCGGCGCCGAUUGAACAGACGUUGUCAAACUUCAAACAAUUAGCUCGCCUGACAAGAUGCGUGGCUCGGGCGUUGAGGUUUGCAUCUCUAUUCGUUCUCAGUGGCAAGCUUGGCCUUUUCGCACCAUAUAUUUCCGAUAACCCUUUUCAACAAAGGGAUAUCAGCUGCUAG